CCCUAACCAGCAGGACAGGAGGGUUUUGGAUUCCCGGUGAUCGGAGAACGGAGCUUCUGAAGAUUCCCGGUCAGGAGAAGCUACCUUUUCUUCGUUUGCCCGGUAGCAUUGAUCUGAGCUCCGUUCAAUAAAGAAUCACACAAUGUCCGAGGACAGGCCUCAAGUCGGUUCAGUUCAGAAUCACAGGGUCACAUGGGAAGGCUGCAGCGUAUUGCUCGACGUCAACGAUGGCGAUCGGCUGGUCUUUGCCCGCCUCAACCAGGGCUCGACUCUGAAGUUUGGGAACAAAAACUAUUCGUUGAGGCCGCUCAUAGGUUGCCCCUUCGGCUCUCUCUUUCAGGUCGAUAAUGGCGCUGAAGGAUCGGUGCUUUCUCGUGUUACUGUGCGAUCGCCUGAAGGAAAUGGCUCUUCUGAACCACAAGAUGAGUGCAGAGACAAUCGGGGAAUAGUCGACAAUAAUACGGCUCAGAGUCUCACUGGAGAAGACAUAGAAGCUCUAAGGAGAGAAGGUGCGACUGGUGAAAAGAUUAUUGAGGCUCUGAUUGCCAACAGUGCUACCUUCGAGAAGAAAACUGCAUUUUCACAGGAGAAAUAUCGGCUAAAGAAACAAAAGAAGUACGCACCAAAACUACUCGUGAGGCGACCGGUCACAAGAAGUAUAUGCGAGGCGUACUUCAAGAAGUAUCCAAAUAGAAUUGGGUUUCUAAGAUUAGAUGCAUUGUCUCUGCUGCUUGCUAUGGGCAAUGUUGCUGCCAAUUCCGAUAUCCUUGUGGUGGAUAUGGUGGGUGGUCUUCUUACCGGGGCUGUGGCUGAGCGUUUAGGAGGUUCGGGUUAUGUAUGCAACACAUACAUUGGAGCCACACCAUAUCCCAUGGAAAUAGUCAGAAUGUUCAAUUUCGGUGAUGAAAUAUGUAAACGGAUUGUAAAGUCAUGUUUGAGUGACAUCUCUUCUGCUCAAUAUGAAAUGCCCGAGGAAAUAAGCAAUCAGCAAGAGGUUUGCUACACGGAAAAUUGUGCAAACGAAGAAAAGCCAUCUUUUCAUUCGCUUUCUGAAACAGUUGGCAAGGACGAAAUCCCUCACUCAUCUGAAACCGAAAUGGUAGAUACCACUUGUGAGAGUAGUGCUUCUCCGGUCAUUAAGGCCUGCAAAAGUCCAAAAGCAGGAGAAAAGGCCUCGAGAGAAAUGAUUCACACGUGGAGAGAAAAUGGUUUCUCGAGUCUAAUAGUCGCUGCUCCUGAGCUCGAUAUUUGCAGCGCUGUUAAAGAUCUUCUUCCCCUUCUUGCAUAUUCAGCUUCAUUUGCAAUUUAUCACCAGUAUCUCCAGCCUCUUGCGACUUGCAUGCAUUAUUUACAGACCGAGAAGAUGGCUAUUGGCAUGGAAAUUUCUGAGCCUUGGCUACGUGAAUAUCAGGUACUCCCAUCGAGAACCCACCCGUGUAUGCAGAUGAGUGCUUUUGGCGGGUACAUCCUGAGUGGGACGAGGAUAUCUAACCCUUCAACGUCUGCUCCAAUGCAAUGAAAUUUUUGCCUUAAGCUAUACCUGGUUCAUUUUUUAUGUAACUUAUGUUUAAUUGAAUGGACGAGGAUAAUGAUGAUUUUCUUCUUUUUUUUUGUUUGAUUGGGGAAUAGAAAAUUGAGAAUUCAAUAUUUCUUUAUUUGGU